AUGCCGGAAGCGGCGGGUCAAGGUAUGUCAUUCUUUUGGAGCCGUGACACCCUCCGGAUCCUCAUCCGUCUCUUCCGUAUCACUAGUGCGAUGAAACGCGGCCGGCCUGUCGCCGUUGUCAACGAUAUGGAACCCGAUGCCCAGGCUAUUAUCGACCUCUGCCCAUCCGAUUCUACCACACCAGCGCCAAACAGCUCAGCUACAGACUCCUCCCCUUGCGCCGAUGCCUCACCUGGCCCUGACUCUCGCGAGGAGUCUCCUCUCGCGAUACAUAAGGGGCUAUCCCUGGCAGUGCAACAGCUUUCUCGUCUUGGCUGGCAAUUCGAGCCCCUGUGGGAGGACGAAUCCACAAUGUACUUCAUCGACCAAUAUUGCAUUCCGCCCAGCCCCGGGCUCUUCCCGGGCUUUCUGAACUUCCUCACGGAUCUCGUCGCCACAUCACCUCCCGGGUCGGCACUGAGCCGAGCGUCGCUCGCAUCCAGCUGCCUGUCCCUGGCGCGCCAUACAAAAUCCCCGUGCCUGUAUCGAAAAGCGUGCAGGCAUUACGGGGCGGCCCUCUCCGCGCUGAGCACGACUCUGAACGAACCGGCGGCUGCGUGGAAGGACGAUACGAUUGCGGUGAUUAUGCUACUAAAUCUGUUCGAGGCAAGCUCAUCCUGCCAGAGGGCUCAAGCAAGCGGAGGACAGACUGCUGACAUGGGGCCACGAAAGCGCGGCCGUCGCAUCUCGAUGGGAUCGGCCAAAUCUUCUCUGCCCGGACAGAGAACCUCGCGCAAGCUUGUUCGCGCGGUCCGCUGUAUCGAUGGGCCUUGUCACACAUGGCACGUAACCGCGGCGCGGCUUCCACCCGGCCCGAGUAGACUUGCUAACCGUCAGCAGCAAAUGGAAACGCUAAAGAGAGGCGAGACGUUUGACUGCAUCACCCUCGGAGAGGACACGGGCGAUACGAGCACCCUGUCCACUGGUAUGGCGGCAGCGCUGUGCUGGGCCGUCGAGUUUUGCAUAGAGACAGCCCGGUGUGUCCGGAACAUGGACGUGGAGCCAAUUUCGGCCGACAAGCAGGCAGAGUCCCUUCGAUCCGCCAUUGACCGAGCGAGGCGAAUCCAGCUUCGAUUCGAAACGCUGGUGAGAGGCUUCGACCGUUCGCUGAAGCCAAUGAUGGCUCGUGCAAAAGACGGCCGACCCGUCAUGAUUUGCUUGACCCGGCUGCUGGGCAUCAUGUGGAUGGGCUUCGAUACUGUCCUUGUGCUCUUUUAUUCCACUGUUCUGUCCUGCAGCCGACGAAUUCUGGAGCUGCCGAAUUGCCUCUUGACCGACUCGGAGAGGGACCUGGUCACCAAGACCAGCGCAAUGACGGAGAAAAAUAUCAUACUUUUGCUCAAGAGGAUAUGUGCCAGCAUACCGUAUAACAUGGGGGACGUGGACGAGCAGGGCCAACACAUGGCGGUUCCCAGGCCCAAAGCCGCGUCCUCGUACUAUCUAACUUGGUUCCUCGCUGUCGUCACAAAUACUUCUCAGGUGAACGAAGCCCAGUUGAGAGAGUGUUAUGAGACACAGGACAAGAUAUUUACCAUGUAUGGGCUGAACACUAACAAUUCUGCCAUGAUGGUGACUACCAUGAUGAGUUUCUUUCGGUGA